AUGCCUCCUAAGAAAACCCCCGCGACUAAAGAAGACCAACACUCUAAGAAAGGCGAUGGCAAAGAUGAAGUCAGCGCAUCACCUGCAACCGGUGGUAGGACGACUCGCGGUCAAGCUGCAAAGGCUACUGGAUCGGACUCCCCGGAUGCGAGACCACAGCCCCCAUUAAUUCGUGUCGGCGGUAGAAUCGCAUACCACGAUUUUGGGACGGGGACUUGUGCGGAGAUCGAACGUCAUAGAAAGGUCGUUGAACGCAACCUGCAAAAGAAAGAGAGCGUCGUAUUGAGCGGUUCAGAUGAGAUACGCAACCUCCAUAUGAAAAGAGUCAGACUUGUAGACGAGUUGAAGAGUGCUGCCGCCGGCAGAGCUACAAAGAUAACAUCGGAGCUGAAGAUCCUUGACAAGAGGUUGGAAGAUAACGGCCAUGCCGUCAGAGAGUGGAAAGCAGUCGUGGCACUUUACGAAGAUUUCAUGUACUAUCAAAAUCCGCGACAUCGACAGCACUUCCUCAAGGACACAGCGAAGAAGCCUACGAUUUAUGAAGAGACACUGGCGAAGAGCAUCGGAAAUAUCCCGCCUGUCAAAUUCACCACUGAUGAUAACUACAACCAGAAAGCGAAUCCGUAUGUGCGAGGAAUGCGUGCUAGCCGUGUUGGCGUCACGAGCAGAAUGAGGAGGGAGCUCGCUCCCCAAGAACUUCAUAUGCGAACGCCAGUGUGGAGACGCCGACCACUCGGUGUGGGAAGACCGCUGGAGCGACCACGUGAACCACCGUUGGAGUUAGCGCUUGACCUUGAGCAAAUCGAAGCAAAAAGGCUUGAGAUCGACAGCAAACCUGAUGAUGGGACGCGGGAUGUUGAGUACAUGAACCACGACGCGAGACGGAUCGCAGAACUUGAUCUAGGGGCUUUGAAUGUAUCGCGGGAUAGAUUGGACCGACUUAGAACGGAGGGUGGCCUGUUCAUAUCUGCGAAGGAAGACUCGGAUGAUUGGCCUACAUCCUUCGACUACUUGAGCGCUGUGCGGGAUAGCAUUAUGGCUAUAGUACCAGCUGCACCUAACCACGAGAACAAGAGGAAGAAGGCGGGCGGACCUGAUGUGCUGGGGGAAGGCGAGAGCGAGAGCGCAGAUGAGAGCGAUUACGAAGACUUUGGAUUUACUCGCCCGCUUAAGCCCCUCAAGACUGACUACGGAUACGAAGUUGUUACAAAGUGGCCUGAAACAAGGCCUGGCCGAAAAGAGUGGCAUACAGAUCGUUUACUGUCGCCAGCAUCUGCGGCUGGCUCAUCGCCUACACAAUCGGAGCAUUCUGUUAUUGAGGAGGUUGAUGAUGAAGACAAGGAAUCUGACCACGAAGGCGAGGAAUCUGACCAUGAAGACGAGGAGUCUGACUACGAGGGCGAUCUGUUCGUGCAGUCAUAUCUUGAAGGGUCAAGCGACGUGGAAUAG